AUGACUGACAACGCCUCCCUCUCCGCCACCACGCAAAUCUCUCAAAACCAUCAUCCUGCAAAAUUGUCACAAUAUUCUGGUCUCGAGCACCUACCAGCUGCCACAAAACUGCCUUCGAUUGUCAAAUCAUUCAAUCUCAAAGUUCAGGAUGGCAUUGAUGGCACAGUUCCAGCAUUCCUACACCUGCCCAAGGAUUAUCAGAAUCAGCAGAACACAGCUGCAAUCCUUCUCUCUGGAGCUGGCGGUGGUGUGGUUGGCCCUUCUAGUAUCUAUCUGAGCAUGGCAGACAAGUUGGCCUCUCUCCAAACCGGUCUUCCUGUUCUACGCAUGGAUUAUCGCUUCCCAGCUCGCAACAAGUAUUGCAUCCCGGAUGUCCUGGCAGCUAUGGAUUACCUUGAGGCACAGCAUAAAGUUAGCCGAUUUGUCCUGGUUGGAUGGUCCUUUGGUGGUGCUCCAGUGUUUACAGUUGGUGGUCAAGAUGCCAGGGUCGUCGGGUGUGCGACUGUCGCAUCUCAGACUGCAGAGACAGAAGGCAUCAGAGCGGUAGGAAGAAGAGGUGUGCCGGUGUUGCUGUUACAUGGUACUGGCGAUCGCACUCUGAGUCCGCAGUGUAGCGAGAGACUGUACGAUAUGUACGGAUCGAGAGGAGGGAAAAGAAAGGUGCAUUACUUCGAGCGAGAUGACCACGCGCUUACAAGGAACAGUAGCGAGGCUGAAAAGAUGCUUUGCGAGUUCAUCGCGGAUAUUUCUGGGUUGGACGUUGGCGGUACUGAGAGUGGUCUUUUGAGCAAGAGUCUUGUUGACGAUGAAGAAAAGGUUAACAAGAUGAAGCAGGGUGGUGACUUGAGGGGUGCUGAGAGCACUGAAUAA